GACAUGGGCUCGUUUGGAGAGAUGCUGUGGAUUUUACACUCGGUGGGAAUUUAUGCCCAAAUCAGCGCGAAUUUGGCGGUGGACAACCACGUAUCUGGAAACGCUCUUUUCACUGAGGUUCCUCGUGACGUGGUGUCUCAGGCUGGGGAUGAUGUGGAGAUGUCGUGCUCCUUCAGAGGAUCUUCUUCAUCAUCCUCCUCAUUGGAGAUCCAGUGGUGGUACACCAGACACAGCAGAGACUGGGCGGAGCCACACGCGUCCACAACCAAUCAGGUGAUUCCACAGGAAAACACAUCAAUGGGGGCGAAUAAAAUAAGUGUGGUAAAAGUGGUUGGCAGCAACAUCUCACAUAAACUCCGUCUAUCUAGCGUCAAACGAUCCGACGAGGGGACGUACGAGUGUCGAGUCAUUGACUUCAGUGAAAGCCAAACCCAGCGGCACAGAGUUCAGGCGUAUCUGCAGGUACAACAGAAGAUUCAUAUCAAUGAGCAGAAAGAAGAAGAGAAGAAGACAUCAGAGCCUGAAGACCAUCAGAUGAUCCAGCAUGAGGAAGAAGCGGCCCAUCGGGUUCAUCAUCAACUCCACGAGAGGAACAAGACCAGAGCGGGGAACAAACACCCGUCAGAGACACAGUGACUGUCCUGUGGAAAACUGCACACUAUAAAGAGGAGAGGAGAUCAAACGAGGACAGUCCUGACUCUACAAUCCACGUGUCCUGACCGAGUUUGUCCAGAUAAUUAGUCCUAGCUUUAGUUUGAUUGUUGUAAACUU